AACGAGACGUUUAAUUGUCAGUGAUAGUACGAGUUACGCCGAAAGUGGUCGAAAUCAUGGCUCUAAGUAUUUCUGAAGUAAAUGCCUUAGAUGAUGCUCAGUUUGAAGCAAUUUUUGGUAACGUCAUAGAAUUGUGUUCAGAUGCAGCUGUGCAAAUUAGUAAAAAGAAGCCAUUCAAAAACUUAGCCGAUUUAUGCAAAGCAUUUGAUCAGUACUUAGAUGGGCUUAGUAAAGCAGAAAAGUUGGUAGUGCUUAGAUUGCAUCCAGAUUUAGCUGGUCGAUUGGCAUCACAAGGUGAACUGACGCGGGAGUCUACCGCGGAGCAGAGGAGCGCCGGUCUCUUAGACCUAACCGAAGAACAGAAGUCUAUAAUUAAUACUAGUAAUGAAGCGGUAAAGCGGCAGAUAUCCAAAUUAUAUUUAUAUUACAAAAAAGAGUCAUACGUUCAAUUUAUAAUAUGGGUUCAAGAGAAUCUGUUCGUGAACGUUUUAAAAAAUCGAAAAUCCCUCACAGUCGCCUCUCAAUAUACAUAUAUGAAAACAUAAGGUAUAAAACGAAGUUUGGAUUCCCGUUUAUAAUAUGCGCAAGGGAAAAUAAAGUGCAGUCUAUCAUAGAAGGUCUUCAGCGGCGAUACAACAGUACUCAAGAACAAGAAAUUACUGUUGGGAUUAACGAAGUGAAAAAGAUUUGCAAAUUAAGGAUACUUGAUAUAGUUAAGGAUUAAAUAUAUAUAUUGGUUACAAUUACUACUAG